CCCUCAGCGGUCGGUGCUGACCCGACCCGACCCGACCCUGCGGCCCGCCCAGACCGGGCGCUUCCUCGCUGCCAAACAACCCCAAAGCUUUCCUCUCGGGCUCCGCCUCCCUCUUCUUCCCCCUUCUCGGCCGGCCGGGCGGGCCAGGGCCCGGACCGGGACCGGGGUCAUGGAGGGGCCGCCGUCUCCCCCCGUCAGGCAGCAGGUGGGCAGAACGCGGGGCGGCGAGCAGAGGCCGGAGCAGGAGCCGGAGGAGCUGCGUGAGGCCGCCCGCUGCUUGGUGCUGGACGCGGACGGGAGGACCGUCCCCUUCAAGGCCCUGUAUGGGGAGCAAAAAGCCAUCGUGGUGUUCGUGCGGAAUUUUUUAUGUUACACUUGUAAGGAGUAUGUAGAAGACCUGGCAAAAGUCCCCAGGGCAUUUUUACAAGAAGCAAAUGUGAGGCUUAUAGUUAUUGGACAGUCAUCUUAUCAUCAUAUCAAGCCCUUCUGCAAUUUAACUGGUUAUAUGCAUGAAAUGUAUGUUGAUCCACAAAGGGAAAUUUAUAAAAUACUUGGCAUGAAACGAGGUGAAGGUAAUAACAUAUCAGUGAGAAGCCCUCAUGUGAAAUCAAACAUGCUCCUGGGAAGCAUUAGGAGCAUAUGGAGAGCAAUGACUGGCCCGGCUUUUGAUUUUCAAGGAGACCCCGCCCAGCAGGGAGGAGCUUUGAUUUUAGGUCCAGGCAAUAAAGUUCAUUUUCUGCACCUUGAUAAAAACAGACUGGAUCAUGUUCCCAUUAACAGAGUUUUGCAGCUUGCAGGAGUUAAAACAGUGAAUUUCACAAACAGUCCUGAGAUUAUUGACAUAUGACACUGGCACAGUAUAUACAUUUUUUUACUUGUGUUCUACAAGAGCACUUCUUCAGUGAAUUCCCACCUGCAUGGGUACUGUUGUGUCUUUAUGGGACAUAUGAAACCCUAUCUAGAAAAUCAGACCACAGAACAAACUGCCUGGCACUGAAGGUGGUCACAAAAGUGCUGUUUCCAUAGCAUAUAAGAUAGCAAAGACUAAAAUACAGUUAAGGCUCAGUGCAAAAAAUUCUGUAGUUUAUUACCUCCUCAUCAAAAAAAAAAAGCUGCUAGUAUAUUUUAAACAAAUCUUUGUUCAAGAUUAACUAAACUAAAAAAUCUGGUUUUAGCCAGGAAGAAUUUGAGAUUCUUGCCUUCAGCAGAUCACAUUGGCUUUCAAUCCAAAACUUGGUAGCAAUAUUUUAAAGCUUCUAUCACUGUGUGACGAUCUUGUAUUAAAAUAUACCUUGAAAAAUUGCAAUUUCAAACACUGGACCCAUCUGGAACUGGCAGAUAUUAUGAAAUACAUUUUAUAGUUUUAAAUAAAUAUUUUAAAAAUG